AUGUCAGAUACUCCCAUAUCGCCUUCUUUCGAAGCUCCUAGAGACAGCAAGAAGAUGAAUGCUGUUUUUAACGACGAACAAGUUGUGAGUAGUACCUUUCCUGACAAGGAGCAAGAAAUCGAUACCGAUCAUCUCGGCCCUUCUAUUGCAAUCUCAGAAUUGACAGACACACCCAUGGAUAAAAUGCAAGAUUUAUCUCUGGAACCUGAUGUAGACGAAAAUGAGAAGGAGACUGAGACUGAGAGUGAGGACGAGAACGAGAACGAGAACGAGAACGAGAACGAGAACGAAAAUGAAAAUGAAAAUGAAAAUCAAUAUCAGAACGAAAAUCAAUAUCAAAACGAAAACGAAGACAAAGACAAAGACAAAGACGAAAAUGAAAACAAAAAGGACACUUCUGAAAAUCUAAAUUCCAAAAAGUGUGAAACGGAAACACCAUCUCUCUCAGGAACACAAAUAAAGAACUCGAAAUCCAUGAAAUCUACCAAAUCCCUGAGAAAGGAAAUGGCACUCAACAACAUCCUCGUUCCCUCUAAUCAUAUAGGAAUUAAUGACUUCAAUCAACAAUAUUACAGAAAGACAUGUAAGGACGGUAUUCCUUUGAACUUAAUCGUUGUUGGAGAAUACAGUCUAGGAAAAACCACCUUCAUCAAGUCCUUCUUGCAAGACAUGGAUGCCACAAGGCCCAAACAUACGCAUGAAUUUACUCAGUAUAAAGCAAAGCUUUCGGAUGGAGACCAGCUUUUUCAUGUCAAUAUCGUUGAUACACCUGGGUUCGGCGAAAAAAGCGACAACAGCAAUUGUUGGCGACCUAUCGCAGCAAACAUUCUACAACGCUUGAACGAAUUCUUUGAGAAUGAAACGAAGCCCCAGAGAAAUCCUUACCACAAUGAUAACAGAAUGCAUGCUUGUCUUUUUUUCUUGAAUCCCAAUGGACAUCGACUUCAACCGCUUGAAAGCUAUCUGAUGAAAAAGAUCGACCGUUUUGUAAAUGUCAUCCCAAUUAUUGGAAAAGCUGAUACUAUGACUCCUGAUGAAUUAAUGAGAUUUAAAGAGCGUAUUGCGGAAGAUAUGGUUUCGGAAAAGAUAUACUCUUUUUCAGACUACACCGAUACUGAAAAGAAGCUAAAGCAGCUCCUUCCAUUUGCUAUUGUCGGAUCUAACCAAUACCUCAACAAAGACGGAAAGUCUAUUCGAGGUAGACAAUAUCCUUGGGGAACCGUCGACAUCGAUGACCCUGAACAAACCGAUUUCUGCCAACUUCGAAACUUCUUAUUGUACACGCAUAAUGAGGGACUACGCAACAAAACUCAUCGCCUCAUUUAUGACACUUUUCGCCAAGAGAAACAAGCAACACUGGAUGAGCAAUCCGAGUUCAAGUAUAUUAGUGCCGAGGAAAUCAAUAAGCAAUAUGUUCAAAAGCAAAUACAACUGGUUGAGGAUGCAUUGACGAAAGGCUUGAAAUCCCAAUUCAAAGAAAAAGAAAACAGCCUUGAACUUAUGGAAAAGCAUUUGCGUACGCACCACAAGGAUUAUAAGCAUGCCCUUAAGAAACGAGUGGUUAGCUUGGAAGAAGAAAAGAAUCGUUUAAUUAAGGAGAUUGGACCUGACAAAAUCCGAAAGGCAGGUCUAAUUAUAUAG